UUUAAAGCAAGAGUGACCUCCCGCAAGCUCAGCCUCUCUCAUUUGGCAUUCUCUCUCCCUCUGCUUGAAGGCGAGAGAGAUUUUCUCUUCUUCUAUCUGCUUCUAGAUUUCAGUUUUUCUGCUAAAAAUUCAUAAUGGGUAAGGAGAAGGUUCACAUCAACAUUGUCGUCAUUGGCCAUGUCGACUCUGGCAAGUCGACCACCACUGGUCACUUGAUCUACAAGCUUGGAGGUAUUGACAAGCGUGUUAUCGAGAGGUUUGAAAAGGAGGCAGCUGAAAUGAACAAGCGGUCCUUCAAGUAUGCCUGGGUGUUGGACAAACUGAAGGCUGAGCGUGAACGUGGUAUCACCAUUGAUAUUGCCUUGUGGAAGUUUGAGACCACCAGGUACUACUGCACUGUUAUUGAUGCUCCUGGUCAUCGGGACUUCAUCAAGAACAUGAUUACUGGUACCUCACAGGCAGACUGUGCUGUUCUCAUUAUUGAUUCCACCACUGGUGGUUUUGAAGCCGGUAUCUCCAAGGAUGGACAAACCCGUGAGCAUGCACUGCUUGCUUUCACCCUUGGUGUGAAGCAGAUGAUUUGCUGCUGUAACAAGAUGGAUGCCACAACACCAAAGUACUCCAAGGCAAGGUACGAUGAAAUCGUGAAGGAAGUUUCUUCCUACCUGAAGAAGGUUGGAUACAACCCUGAUAAGAUUCCAUUUGUCCCCAUCUCUGGCUUUGAGGGCGACAAUAUGAUAGAGAGGUCUACCAACCUUGACUGGUACAAGGGCCCAACUCUUCUUGAGGCCCUGGACAUGAUCAAUGAGCCCAAGAGGCCCACAGACAAGCCACUGCGACUCCCUCUUCAGGAUGUGUACAAGAUUGGUGGGAUUGGAACUGUCCCAGUGGGACGUGUGGAGACUGGUGUCCUGAAGCCCGGUAUGGUGGUGACCUUUGGCCCCUCUGGACUGACAACUGAAGUGAAGUCUGUUGAGAUGCACCAUGAGUCUCUCCCAGAGGCUUUGCCUGGUGACAAUGUUGGCUUCAACGUGAAGAACGUUGCUGUGAAGGAUCUCAAGCGUGGGUUUGUUGCCUCCAACUCCAAGGAUGACCCUGCUAAGGAGGCAGCCAACUUCACCUCCCAGGUCAUCAUCAUGAACCACCCGGGUCAGAUCGGAAAUGGCUAUGCCCCUGUUCUGGACUGCCACACCUCCCACAUUGCUGUUAAGUUUGCUGAGAUACUGACCAAGAUUGACAGGCGAUCUGGCAAGGAGCUUGAGAAAGAGCCCAAGUUCUUGAAGAAUGGUGAUGCAGGGUUUGUUAAGAUGAUUCCCACCAAGCCCAUGGUGGUGGAGACUUUCUCCGAGUAUCCCCCACUUGGUCGUUUUGCUGUUCGUGACAUGCGUCAGACUGUUGCUGUUGGAGUCAUCAAGAGCGUGGAGAAGAAGGAUCCAUCUGGAGCCAAGGUCACCAAGUCUGCAGCAAAGAAGAAGUGAAAUGUGCCUUUGAGGAUAUUUAUCCUAGAUAGACUAGUUAUGUCUUUAAUUGGUGUUAUUUGUUUUCGAUUUUGUUUUGUUGAUUUUGGCAGUUUUGGGUACAGCUCUGGAGAUUUUCAUUUCAGUUCUCUAAUUUCACUUGCAAGGACGCAGACCUGGGUGCUUGAUAGAAGGUGGAAGCUAUAGCUGCCGUUUAUUGUUUUGGUCACUUUACAGUACUCAGAUGAGUUGCUUCAUUUGGUUGAUAAACAAUUUCAAUUUCUGUUUAUUGUCAGGAUCUUGGAUUUCGGUACAUUGCUUUUUAGCAUCAUUUUGUGUUUGGUAUGAAUUUAUCCUCCGUUUUAUCAGUAUUUAUUUAUAACUGCUUUCAGGUAA